UUGUGCAUGGUUGUCUCUAUUACUGUUCUGAUCAAGGUUCUGCAUUUGCAUAGCUGACUUUGUUUGUCUUAAAUUUGCUAAGUAUUACCUGACUUUUAUGUUCAUUUGUUGAUGUAGGAUGAAGGUUCAAGUGAGGAAGCAGUGGGGGCCUAUCAGAAUGAUGGUUAUCAACAACACCAGUGGGCCUAUCGGAAUGAUAUGUAUCCAAUGUCUAAUGGAUUACAAGAACUGCCAGCAUAUAAGAAUGAUCUUUAUGGAAGUCAUGAUGGACAUCUGUCAAGUGAAGAUGAAAUUGUGAAGAUAGCCCGGGACAACCUCAAGAGGGAUAAUGAAUUAAUCAUUCAAACCGUUGCAGCUGUAGGUACGUAUAUUCAAACCUACUAUAUCAAGAGGCCAAGGAAGGAAGUUCCUGAAACUGGAAUUCAAUGGGUACAGAGGACGCUAGCUGAUCCAAUAGAUUGUUAUGAUAUGUUUAGGGUUCAUAGACCAGUUUUUAACAGGCUGCAUAAUUUGUUGGUUAGUUCAUAUGGAUUGAAGUCAAAAGCAAAAAUGAACUCGGUUGAGGCUUUGGGUAUGUUCUUAUGGAUUGUGGGUGCUCCUCAGUCAGUUAGACAGGCUAAGAAUCGGUUCACUAGGUCCUUGGAGAGUAUUAGCCGUAAUUUUGACCGAGUUCUAAGCAGCGUCCUCAAGCUAGCUAAGGAUGUCAUAAAGCCCAAGGACCCAACAUUCUCAACAGUUCACCCAGUACUAGAGAAUCCAGACUUUUGGCCACACUUCAAUGACUGCAUAGGAGCAAUAGAUGGGACUCAUGUGAAGCUUGUGGUGCCCAAAAGUAAAGUGGUUCCUCAUUUGUGUAGACACAAGUACACAUCACAAAAUGUGCUUGCUGUAUGUGACUUCGACAUGAGAUUUACUUUUGUGCUUUCGGGAUGGCCUGGUUCAGUACAUGAUAUGAUAGUGUUCAAGGAUGCAACAAGAAGAUAUGCUGACAAGUUCCCACAUCCACCUCUAGAAAAUUUUAUUGUGUUGAUGCUGGGUAUCCAAACCGCCCGGGUUAUCUAGCACCAUAUAGAGGUACAAAGUACCCUCAUGCACCAUUUGAGGGUGCUCCGGCUCCUAGAGGUAUAAAAGAGACUUUUAAUCAUGCACAUGCAAGAGUUAGAAAUGUAAUUGAAAGGUCCUUUGGAGUUUUGAAGAUGAAGUUUCGGAUUCUGUUGAACAUGCCAAAAUUUCCUAUAGCAAAGCAAGCAAGAAUUAUUGUAGCAUGCAUGGCUAUUCACAAUUUCAUUAGAGAGAGUAAAUUGGCAGAUACGAACUUUGAUAUGUGUGACAACGAUGAAAACUACGCUCCGCUAGACUUUGAAGAUGAUUUUGAGCUAGAUAGCGAUGAAGAAGAAGAAUACUUCCCGGAAGAUAGCAACAUGAAUGCAUUCCGUGAUCAAAUAGCUAAUGCGUUGUUUAAUGGAGAAUAAACUUGUAUGC